AUGGCGUCUUUUCUCCCCGUCAACAACUCGGCCGCGACCGAAGACCACGCUAUGGACGGAGCGACGACCCCUCGUGCCAAUCGUAAUGGCGUGGCGGCUCCCUCAACGCGAUCUGGAAUGGCGGACCAACGACCGGAAGGCGCAAAGACCGGCAGAGGAGACGGAAGCUCACGGGCAUCGGUUUCAGGACACACUAGGACUUCCUCGAACUCAGACGAAACCAUGCACGAUUCGGACGAGAACGAGGGGUCAGAAAACGAAGGGGACCCGGGAAGCGCUCCACCAUCGAAGAAGAAGAAAGGCCAACGCUUCUUCUGUACCGAUUUCCCUCCUUGCAACCUCAGUUUCACUCGCAGUGAGCACCUGGCCCGCCAUAUUCGAAAACAUACCGGCGAACGACCCUUCCAAUGUCACUGUUCUCGACGUUUUUCCCGCCUUGACAACCUUCGACAGCACGCCCAAACAGUUCAUGUCAACGAAGAGAUCCCCGGGGACUCGCUCGCAGCCACAGGCACACGGUUCCAACGACAGGUACGAACGGAUCGGGUGCGUCCGCCAGGCCGAGCUCGCGCAGGUACAGCGGGCAGCGUAGGUGGCCAUAGUCGCGGACACAGCCGGAACCUCUCAACCUCCAGUAUCACCUCUACCGCUUCAACCUAUAGCCAGCCUCCGGAACUUCGGCGGCGACCUCCGCCAUUAAUCAUGGCCAACGAUCCAACAGGCCGCGCCCGCAUGGGGUUUGAACCCAUGGGAGAACCUCCAUCCACCCCGCCUGGCCAGAUACGAGGAGUUCCGGGGCCUGCUGUAGGAAGCUCGCCGUACACACCAACGACUGGAUUUUGGGAAGGCAAGACGGCUGCUCGUCGACUUUCAGUCCCAACCGGCAGCAAUCCAUUUAUCCCACAGCACGGAGCUCCCUAUCCCCCAUAUGGAGCUUCUCCCGCCGCUCCAUACCCGAAUGCCGCUGGGGUCUUCGCGAGUCCCACAAGCAACAACUACCCUCCAUCUCGAGACGAAAGCGCCGCGAGCGCGGCUGAAGCAGAUAUUCGACGACGAACGUGGCAUCCCUCGACAUAUCCCAAUUUUAGCCGUCCUACCACCAGUGGCUUGAACCAGUAUCAUACUCCUGACACCGUCCGACCUUCUUUCGGCCACAGCAAAAAUCACUCGAUUGAUCAGCCGCCGCGGCUACCUGGAAUUGAGAGCUUUGAUAAAGUUGUCCCGCAGCAACGGCCUUUGACACCCCCAACCCGGAAGACCAGCCCGAUGCAAAUCGACGGUCACAAUCGACCGCCUCCCGCAACUCCUGCCUUUGGAGCAGGUUUCAACUAUACACAAUCUUCAGUCCGGCCAGCUCCCCCGAUUUCUGGCCCUGGCCAUCGGCGCGGACAUGUGUCAUGGGAUAUGUCAUUGCACACCAAUCUUACAGGACUCGAUAUCCGAGAUCGAUCCUCAAGAGAUACUUCCCAGUGGCGGGAGCAGACCAUCGCUGCUCUGCAAGGUACUUCUUCUCGCCCUUCGUCGUCCUAUCAGCCGACGUUCGGACCCACCGCCGAAAGAAGCCCCGAGGAGCAUCGCGAAAACCGCGGUCAUGCCCCCAGCUUGUCGACUGGAAGCCGGCCAAAUCACACCUCUCCUGAGGAUUCAAGCAGUAGCGAGGGAGUACAUACCCCAUCGACAGCUUCGGUCGAGUACCACCCGGCCAUUGUGCAUAGCAGUGGAUACAUUGAAUCCCACGACUCGUCGCUGCCAACCGAUCAUCCUCAACCGAUAUGCGGGCGACAAGAUUCUCACUCCGACGGCUACCCGGGUCACCCGGAGCAAGAGCCCAGGACGACCGUUUUCACAGACUCCUCCGCCGAGGAUACCGGCAUGGGUCGACUUGAGGCCCUGGUGGCCGUCGCUACGAGCGAAAACAAGGGGGGCUGCAAAAUUAUACCUGUAAAUUGUAUAUACGACCCGACCUGGGCCACAUAUACUCCAUCGCCAUUCACCUUUCAUACUGCUCCAUGUUUUGAAGAGCAUGGAACACUACCCAUUCUGUACCUUCUGACACCUUCCAUCUGA